UCCAGACGCGCUUUCGCUCCGCUCAGCAGAGACGCACCAGCUCUCACCAAGAGGUCGGAAUUAAUCCACAAAACACUUCUUAAAAACAGCGAAAAAGAAGGACUACUUAGAACAGCAACAAGUGGACGGAAUACAACUUGUAGAUCUUUUAUUCUCUCCUUUUGCUCAAAGUCACUGGAAGUUUUGCCAUCAUGAGGAUUUUUGUUGUUGCGCUCCUGCUGGUUCACGCCUUGGUGGUGUCCAGACUGGCCAGCGGCGCCGCAGUCGACCGGUAUGAGAGCGACAGGCAGCGGCACACAUCUGUAAUCAACCUCUUGGACACAACCAAAGACUGGAGGGUGGAGGAGGAGAGCAGGAGCGUGGGUGCGACCACGGUGGACAACGGUCAGGAAAGCGAGGAAGAUGAGGAGUACGAAGAUGAAUAUUACUAUGAUGAUGAGUAUGAGGAUGGCAUGUCUGGAGACUAUGACUUGGAGCUGCCACGAGUUGCCAUGUCAAGCAAACCCAAAGACCCGUCUGCCAUCCUGGAGACGGCUGAAAUCACCGAAGGAAGGAGAAGGAGAGGAAAAGGAAGAAAGAAGGGCAAAGGCAAGGGAAAGAAGAGGAAUCCCUGCCUUAAGAAGUACAAGGAUUUCUGCAUUCACGGCACCUGCCAGCCCCUGAGAGGCAUCCCCGUCCCAUCCUGUGUGUGCCACCCAAAUUACUCUGGUGACAGGUGUCAGUUCAUCACGCUACCUGUUCAGUCUCCUGAGGGCUACAGCAGGACCACGGCUCUGGCGGUGGUGGCGGUGGUGCUGUCGUCUGUUUGCCUCACCAUCAUAGGCCUCUUAUUAAUGCUCAGGUUUCACAAACGGGGAGCGUAUGAUGUAGAGAAUGAGGAGAAGGUCAAACUAGGGUUAGCGUCCAACCACUGAAGAGACAAAGAGAGGCAAAGAUGCAGAAAUUCUACCUCAAAAUGAAUAAAAGAGAAGUGAACCGCAGCAGGAGGAAAGAAAAAUGAACGUACGUGAAGAAGGGAACGGAGGGCGAUCGCCCAAUGUUCUGCCAGACGUUCAGAGACAGAGCGGGCAGCCGAACGUAUUCCCGAUGGCCUCAGAAGAAGGCGGCCCGUCUGGAACUGGAAUACUAAAUGGCUCGGAGAGGAUGGACUGGAGAUGUGUCGAGCGUUAGGCGACGAUCGCAAAGGAACGAGGAGGAUGAACAGACUCUGUGCUGCUUCUUGACUGUGUGAAAAAAAGUUUCAAGUGGAACUGAUGUUUCUAACAACAAGAGCUCAAUCUGGACAGCAUUUUGUAUUUUUUUCUUCCUGCACAAGGCCAUCAUUUAUUUCUUAGUUUUUUUCCUUUUCUUUUUUCUCUUUGUGUGUACAGUAUAUUUAUAAUUUUAAUUUAUUUAUUUAAGCUAACUGUAUUUAUGGAGAUUUUUAACCAUCCUUCCGGCAGUUGUUAAAAUAAUAAUGUUACAGUUGUUUUUAUAUUUCUUAUUGGAACGAUAUUUAUUUGUGAAACAGAAAAGCAAAGAAUGCAGAAGCUCCUUGAGUUAUGAAGUGUUUCAUCCAAGAGAGCUUUAAUGCUUAAAUUUUAAUUUUCGCACUCGGUAGAUGAUCAAUAGCACUGUGAUUAAUGAAUUGAUCAUUGAAUAGAUCAGAUUUUUUUAAAAUAAAUGUUCGGGGUAGUUUAAAUAAGAGCAAUGCCCUGUUUCUACUCACACAUUCACACCUGGUAGCUUCCCACUAAGUGGCUUCACUUUGGCCGUUGAGGGUUCAGUGCUUUGCUCAAUGGCACAUCUGUACUGGUAAUAAGGAAACCCUAUUCUUUCACUCCACCCCAACUUUAUCCUGCAGGUUCGGGGAUCUUCUGGCCAUAUUAGGCUUCGUGUUGUGGCUUAGUUUUAUAAUGACAGACCAGCAUAGGUCACUAGGACAUGGUGCACUGGCUGUGUAUUGAUUAUAUGCAAAAAAAAAACAAAAAACAGAUGCUCUCAGCCUCUGUAUUGCUAAGAAACUUUUUUAAAAAGGGAGUCAAAUAUCAAACGCACUGUAGCAAGAAUUGGGUAUAAAGAUGUUGUCAUGUCUUACCAUCAUUACAAACUGUUAAGCUGUCAAGGAAAGAAAAAAAAUGUGAAUUCAAGUGUUCUACCCUUUCAAACCCUGCCCUGCAGUUUUGAAGUGAUUUUUAUUUGUGAUUUUAUUUUUUUUCAGAGCAAAAAUAAAACAAGAUUACCUGAA